CACAUCACAAAGUGCGCUCGUCGUAGGCGGAUCGCCGUCAUUUUAAUCCAUACGCGCGCGUUCGACGCUAGAAUAGUGUUUCGUUGAAACUUCAUACAAUUAAUAAAUUAAAAAGACUUACGAAUGCUUUCGAUUAACCAAAAAAAAAUUGUAUUUUAUUCGUGGGAUAUCAUAUUGUGUUUAUGGACUUUUCGCUAGAAUAUUCAACGUGCUUGCUCAGGAAAUACAAAUUUAAUCUCGUGUUCAGAGUUCUUCCAGCGAAUGAACAUCGCCCUCUCAUUAUUGAAACUGAAAUUUCGCUGCAAUUUUGUGAAAGAAGUCGAACAGUAUUCUUCAGGGCUUUUUACUUUCUUUCGAGGCUUUGGCGAAGAUCUCUAUUCCACUCUUCGCUUAGAUAAACCGAAGGAAAAUGACUCGCGCCUCCUUAAAGCCCGAGGACCAAUGCUUGCAAGAUGAAGAAACGCGACAACAGGCCAUACGAGAGAUCGACGCAAUAGGACUGUAUCAAGUCACCAUGUACUUCAUUAUUGGUAUUCCACUCAUCUUAUCGGCAGCUUACAGUAUGGGCUACACUUUUACUGCGGGCGAAGUCGACUACAGAUGCUUCGUGCCAGAGUGCGAAAAUUCAACGCAUUCGGAGUUGUAUCCGGAGUGGAUCGAUGACGCGAUACCGAAAACCAAUAGGAAAUUUGAGUCCUGUACGAGAUACGCAGUACGCGAUAGUACCAAUGGUUCGAGUACGUGCUCGGCCUCGUCCUUCACAAUGGAGAAACAAAGAUGCGACGCUUGGGUCUACGAUCCGAGUGAAAGAACGAUAUUGAACGAGUGGGACAUUACGUGCGACGAAAAUAGAUGGAAACUGGCCAUGGUCGGAACAGCGAACAACAUUGGACAGCUCAUAGGCAUGAUUUUCGCUGGAUAUAUUUCCGACAGAUUCGGUAGGAGAACGGUUUUAACAAUCUUGACGACGAUCAGUGGUGUUCUUGGAAUAAUACAAUCGUUCUCCGUCAACUAUUGGAUGUUUCUAUCUUUCGAAUUUCUGCAAGCCUGUGCAUCGUCGGGGAUGUACAGUUCAGGAUACAUUCUUGGUGUGGAAAUGGUAGGUGAGAAGCGGCGCGUGCUCGGUGGUGCAGUAAUAUCAAGUUGGUUCGGGAUGGGUGGGGUAAUUCUCGGAGCAGCCACCAUGUGGUUGAGAUCCUGGCAAUCCCAGCUUCGAUUAUUCUACAUAACUGGGGUACUCGUUAUUUUUCUACCAACGCUUGUUCCGGAAUCCAAGAGGUGGCUUGUAGCCAAUGGUAGGAUGGCCGACGUCGAAAAGAUCCACAAAAAAAUGGCAAAAAUGAAUGGAUUCAAGGUAGAUCAGGCGAAGCUCGAUAUAUACAAAGAGCUGAGUUACAGUAGCGUGCGCAAGGAAACGAGGAAAGUGCAGUCCGUCGAAGGCGUGUUGACCUUGAAAGCCUUGCAAAGACCAGUGCUGGUGGUAAGGUUGCUCGCAUGUUGUCUCUGUUGGUUGACGAACACGUUCGUUUACUACGGGCUAUCACUGAAUUCUGUUGCAAUAGCCGGCGACAAAUACACAAAUUUUAUGUUAGCAACUAUAAUUGAUACGCCAGCCAAUUUUCUGGGCUGUUAUUUGCUGAAUCGGCUUGGACGGAAACCCACGCUUUCUGCAGCAUUUCUCUGCAGUGGAACUUUCUGCCUCCUCAUUCAAUUCGUGCCAGCUGGUACCAGUUACGUCAUCCCGUUGUUGCUCUUCCUCGGAGGAAAAGGCUGCAUCUCCAUGGCCUUCUCUUCCAGCUACGUUUACACUUCGGAAAUGUUUCCAACGACGGCGAGGCACUCGCUUCUCGCUAUAUGCAGCAUGACCGGACGCAUUGGCUCGAUUUUGGCACCCCAGACGAUCCUUCUGUCUUCGGUGAUGGAGUCACUGCCGUUGAUACUUUUCGGUAGCAUGGGCAUAUUGGCGGGUACGGCAUCGCUUCUUUUCCCCGAGACUCUGGGAUGUAAACUUCCGGACACGAUCGCGGAGGCAGAAAAUAUUGGAAAACCGCUUCCGACGAAACAAUCGCCGAACAUUGUGGCGUAGGAUUUUAUUGGAGCUUUAAAAUAUGAAAGAAGCAGUUCGUCCUCGUUUUUCAGGAAUUCUCGAUAUUCGAUACGAAAUAAGCAUAUUGAAAGUUGACGAAGGAUAGAAUCUUGAAUGACGACCUACAGCUGCCGUGAAUACAAAUACAUUAACGGGCCGCAUCGUUCCCCGUUGUUCUCCCUCGAGGAUACUGAAGUGCGAUAAAUAUUCAGCCAAAUAAAGAGCUCGAAUGAGCUGGACAAAAAUGAAUUUACUCCAAUGAAAAUCAUCGUCAUCGUUGAUUCUGAUCACGGGUACAAUAUUCAUGGAACACAAUGUCGAAGUGGUUUACUCGUUGGACAAAUGGACUACGAAUUCCGUACACGUGUCAACGACCAUCAAGCUUCAUCUGCAUAAACGUCGUUCCCAUUGUCGAACAUGUGACGUAUCGCACUACCAGAAAACUAGUAUUAGCAUCGAUUGACGAGGGAUAACAUAAAAAACGAAGAGAAAAAAAAUGCAUCGACACUCGCCACUGCAAUCGAUCCUCAUCGAAGCAUUCCUCAAGUCCAUUCUACUCGACGAGCAUUCAUAGCCGCUAUAUUGACGCCAGAGAUUGUUUUUUUUUUUUUUUUUUUUUCUUUUCCAUCCACAUGUGUGUCAUUGAUUGCCACUUCACGUACUUUUUCGUAUUUUAUUUAUAUAGAAGCGAUAAAAAAAAACACUCUGAAUAAUACGCAGGCUUUGCGAAAAAAAUAUCGUUCAAGAUCGAACCAUUGGACGUUUCGAAAAGUCGUUAAAAUUUAUCUGUAACAAACUCAAUACUGCGAUCAUGAAAAAAAUAUGAUUUUCUCGGUUGAUAGUUGAGGCACGAAAUAAUGUUAUUUAGUGCUGAAGAUUUUGUUUUUGACCAAAUGCGAUUAGAAGGAAUCGUUGUAGAGUUCAUUCGAAAUUUAUUGCACAACGAAUAUUUGUUUUUUUCAUGUUAAUUAGAGGUAAUUAAGUUGCUAGAAAUUAGUGUUUUACAUAUUUUUUCUUUGUUAAGCAUUGAAUUCUUGUUCGAGCCCAUUUCAUCCCUCGAAUCCUGCUUCACUGAUUUCCCUUUUCUUGCGAGACCUCCAGUGAGCAUCGAUUCUACGAAAAGGCUGAGGAAAAUUGUGGACAGUAAAGGAAAAAUUGUCGGUCCAACUGAAUCCGACUUUGUUGGAGGAAAUGCGGCAGAUCUCAAUUUUAUUGGCGCGAAUGACGAAUAACUGACCUGCGCUCAUUCAGACCUGAAUGACAAAGUUCUUUGAUGGAUGCUUCAACUGGAUGAUCGGAGCUGAUGUUUAAAUUGCAAUGUCGAAAUUAAUGAAGCUUCACGAAUUGCUGGUUCAAGCAGUCCCAAAUAAUUUCAUCUUAUUCGUAAAAUAACUCGUAUUUCUUCAAUUGAAUAAACGGAUUCGAAGAAUCGAAAA